UCUCGCGCUCUCGGAGUCUCUGCUCCGAGUUCCUGGUUGGAUAAUUUGGGUUAAUACUAGUGAGUGAGGUUUUUGCGGCUUCAAAGGGUAUUUCAAGUUUCCGGAGCUCCUCCCCUCUGCACCGUGUGACAACAACAACUCGUCCAGCCGGCAGCCUGCACUUUUCAGCUCAUUUUCUCUCUGUCAUUCCCCUCUCAAUCUUUGAUCAAUGUACUUGCCAGGGAGAACCCAAGUCCUUCAAACCUCCUCCUUUUCACCUUCAUCCUUAACUUUGUGCUAGAGCAGGACCCACACAACAACAGCAGACCCUCCCCCGCCCCCCCCCCCCCCCCCCUCCAAACCAGCCCCCGAUCCCAGCCCCCGGAGAGGACUCGCAUUUCGACUUGCGGGACACUUUUGUGCGUUUCUCUCCAGAGCGCCUCUCGCGCUCGCCCCUCCUGCACUCUCUCUUUCAUACCCUCAUCUCCUUUUUCCUCCUUCUCUGCCUUUCUUCUUCUCGUUCUCUCCUGGAGUUGUCGUUGUUGUUGUCCCCUAGCUCUUUCUCCCUCUUUUUUCCCCCUUCCCCUCCCCGGGGUGUGUGGCAACUUUUCCCCUCGCUUCUCCUCCUUCUGUUUCCCCUUAUAUGUGACCAUGGCAGUGCCGGCGGCUUUGAUCCCUCCGACCCAGCUGGUCCCCCCUCAACCCCCGAUCUCCACGUCUGCUUCCUCCUCCGGCACCACCACCUCCACCUCCUCGGCGACCUCGUCUCCGGCUCCGUCCAUCGGGCCCCCAGCGUCCUCAGGGCCAACUCUGUUCCGGCCGGAGCCCAUCGCUUCGGCGGCGGCGGUGGCGGCCACAGUCACCUCCACCGGCGGCGGCGGCAGCGGAGGCGGCGGCGGCAGCGCGGGCAACGGAGGCGGCGGUGGCGGCGGCGGCGGCGGCGGCGGCGGCAGCAACUGCAACCCCAGCCUGGUGACCGCGAGCGGCGGCGGCGGCGGCAGCGGCGGCGGCGGCAGCAUUAGCGCUGGCGGCGGCGGCGCCUCCAGCACCCCCAUCAACGCGAGCACCGGCAGCAGCAGCAGCAGCAGCAGCAGUAGCAGCAGCAGCAGCAGCAGUAGCAGCAGCAGUAGCAGUAGCAGCAGCAGCUGCGGCCCCCUCCCCGGGAAACCCGUGUACUCGACCCCGUCCCCAGUGGAAAACACCCCCCAGAAUAAUGAGUGCAAAAUGGUGGAUCUGAGGGGGGCCAAAGUGGCUUCCUUCACGGUGGAGGGCUGCGAGCUGAUCUGCCUACCCCAGGCUUUCGACCUGUUCCUGAAGCACUUGGUGGGGGGCUUGCACACGGUCUACACCAAGCUGAAGCGGCUGGAGAUCACGCCGGUAGUGUGCAAUGUGGAACAGGUUCGCAUCCUGAGGGGACUGGGCGCCAUCCAGCCCGGAGUGAACCGCUGCAAACUCAUCUCCAGGAAGGACUUCGAGACCCUCUACAAUGACUGCACCAACGCAAGUUCUAGACCUGGAAGGCCUCCUAAGAGGACUCAAAGUGUCACCUCCCCAGAGAACUCUCAUAUCAUGCCACAUUCGGUCCCUGGCCUCAUGUCUCCUGGGAUAAUCCCACCAACAGGUCUGACAGCAGCAGCUGCAGCAGCUGCCGCUGCUACCAAUGCAGCUAUCGCCGAAGCAAUGAAGGUGAAAAAAAUCAAAUUAGAAGCUAUGAGCAACUAUCAUGCCAGUAAUAACCAACAUGGAGCAGAUUCGGAAAAUGGGGACAUGAAUUCAAGUGUCGGACUGGAACUUCCUUUUAUGAUGAUGCCCCAUCCUCUAAUUCCUGUCAGCCUACCUCCAGCAUCUGUCACCAUGGCAAUGAGCCAGAUGAACCAUCUCAGCACCAUUGCCAACAUGGCGGCAGCAGCACAAGUUCAGAGUCCUCCAUCCAGAGUUGAGACAUCUGUUAUUAAGGAGCGAGUACCCGACAGCCCCUCGCCUGCCCCCUCUCUCGAGGAGGGCCGAAGGCCUGGCAGUCACCCAUCAUCACAUCGCAGCAGCAGUGUGUCCAGCUCCCCAGCACGGACUGAGAGCUCUUCUGACAGAAUCCCUGUCCAUCAGAAUGGGUUGUCCAUGAACCAGAUGCUGAUGGGUUUAUCACCAAAUGUACUCCCAGGGCCCAAAGAGGGUGAUUUGGCUGGUCAUGACAUGGGACAUGAGUCAAAAAGGAUGCAUAUUGAAAAAGAUGAGACCCCGCUUUCCACACCAACCGCAAGAGACAGCCUUGACAAACUUUCUCUAGCUGGGCAUGGACAACCACUACCUCCAGGUUUUCCAUCUCCUUUUCUGUUUCCUGAUGGACUGUCUUCCAUAGAGACCCUUCUGACUAACAUACAGGGGCUCUUGAAAGUUGCCAUAGAUAAUGCCAGAGCUCAAGAAAAACAGGUCCAACUGGAAAAAACAGAGCUGAAGAUGGAUUUUUUAAGGGAAAGAGAACUGAGGGAAACACUUGAGAAGCAGUUGGCUAUGGAACAAAAGAAUAGAGCCAUAGUUCAAAAGAGGCUAAAGAAGGAGAAGAAGGCAAAGAGAAAAUUGCAGGAAGCACUUGAAUUUGAGACAAAACGGCGUGAGCAAGCAGAACAAACGCUAAAACAGGCAGCUUCUACAGAUAGUCUCAGGGUCUUAAAUGACUCUCUGACCCCAGAGAUAGAAGCUGACCGCAGUGGCGGCAGAACAGAUGCUGAAAGGACAAUACAAGAUGGAAGACUGUAUUUGAAAACUACUGUCAUGUACUGAAUCUUUCCUGUUGAAGAAAUCCAUGUUAUAGUAAAGAACUUUGCAGUCAGACAUUCGUCAUUGGAAAGUUUGGAAAAAAUAAAGUCCUUUUAAGGGAACUUCCUCAAUUUUGUGUAUUAAUGUUCUUUAAAAGUUUAAGUAUUCUACAAAAAAAAAAAAGUUUCCUCCAUUGAUUUCCACCUGUGGUUCAUACCAGAGACCUGAGAAUGUUUGUAAAUGUACAAGUGUCAAACUUCUUACCAUUAAUACCUGCAACUUUGCUGCUGGACACUUGGAUACAGAGUUAAAGGCAGGUCUGAGUAAGACCCAGCUUUGUUUUUUUAAUGGAAUGAACCAUUUUCCUCUUCUGAAAAUUCUGUAUCUGAGCACAUCAGGAGACUCUCGUGGCAGUGGUCACCCAGACUUACAGAAUCACGCCCUCCAGAAACCAGCAAGAACGCUUAGAAAUGAACUUGCAGAGGGCAUAGAGGAUUCCUUAAAAAAUCAAUAAAGUAAAGAGUAAUAUUCUGUUACAUUCAAUUUUGAACUCUCUAAUUGUGGGUUUUCUCCUGAAGAUUUUUUUCACAUACUUUCCAAAAGACCAACAAAUGGAUGCUGACAACGACCCAGUGAAUUACAUUUUGCAUAUCUGAAAAGAAGCAUUGAAUAUAAGCCAAGAGGUUUCACUGAAGGUCUUUUUACUUAAAAAAAGAAAUAAAUAAAUGUAACAUUUUCAUUCCAAACUGGUAGUGGUAUAUAGAAUUAAAAUAGUAAUGAUGCUUCUUAUUCAAACUGUUGGUCACAUGUACAGUAUAUAAACAUAAAACAUACAAGGAAGGUAUUAUGUAUGCAGUAGUAUACUAGAGUUUAGGAAAAUGAAAAUUUUAGAAAAUACGUUUUGUCACCCUGUUGGUCAGAAAGACACCUUUCUGGUUUUAACGCAUGCAGGCAUGUAAAUAUUUGUCUGGAGUCACAGUAUUAAUGAAUGAGAUCUUAAGCAUCUGGUGACAUCAGAAUUCUGUGCCAGCCACUUUUAUUUGUAUAUUGAACCCUAGUUAGUGCCCCAAACUGCACUAUUGAGAAUGGAUCGUGGCUGAACAGUAAAUCAAAACACCAGAAAUAUUUUUAUAUGUUAAUGUCAUAUUAUGUUAAUGUUGCUGAAAAACAAAACCUAACAAACCCUUGAUGUAUCAGUCCAAUACCAUGUAGCGCGGAGUGAUAAAGUUAAAAUGUGUUGUGCUUCCCACCCUGGUCAGAGGGAAGGGUGCCUACGUGUUAUUUUCACUGUCUUUUUGAAAGUUACAGUAUGUGCGUUCACUUUUGUGCAGAAACUGGAAGUAAAGCUGCAAACAGUGCUUAUUACAUGCUGAAGUUACCUUCUCUUUGUUUUUCCAUACCUGGAGUUACACCUUUAAAGACUGAUAUUGUCAGUCAGUAGAGUCGGUUAUGAUUUUGCUAUCAUCUUAAAAUUAUGAUCAUAACGUUAUUUAUUACCAUAAACAGCAAAACCUUAAAUGUCCAAGAAAACUAGUUUUAAAAUGAUAGUUCUGAUUGGGUAUUAAUUAUUUGGUUAAGAAAAACAUUAAAAUUAUAGAUACUCUGGCACUAAGCUUCUAUAGUUUUUAGGUCUUCCUUGCAAUACUGGAACAUAUUUCUUUUGUGUAGCUCGCUAUUAACCAGCCAAGUCCAUUUUUUACUACAAUAAAAGGUUAUAUAUACAGUUCCUAUUUUAGCUUGCUUAAAAGGGAGCAAUAUUUUUAUUUAAAAUACUGUUAGUAAAUGCUUUGUAGAAAUUUGGUUUUCUAAGCAUAGCUCCUCCAGAACCAUCUUUUGUUGUUUAAGCAUGAGAGAUUCUAUUCUUUGUUGUAUGUCUUUCUUGUUUAUCCCUGUAUGCAGUUUUUAAAGGAUUACAACGCUUAAAAUUGGAGGGAUUUGUGGCAAGCUUUUCAAUCAUACAUCUUUUGAAAUAUUUGUUGAAAAGCCUGCAACUUACAUCAGCAGUAGAAUCAGCCAUUGCUCCACUCCUUGCAUAGAGUCACUUGAUAAGUAGGUUAAAUAGUUUUAAAAUACAGACUUUCAAGACUUUUGAGAAUGCUUUAGUGUUGGGAUCGAUAUAAAGGAAAUUUUAGCAAGGAAUAAAGAAAAAAGCUAUCAGCUAUAUGCUAAGAGAGAGUCUUACUAACAUGUUGUAAAUAUGACAAUUCAUGAAAUGUUAUUUGAAGUCUGUAACUUAAGUUUUUUUGCCCCUUUUUUAGUUAUACAGGUUGGUUUGAAAUUUGUUUUUUGGUAUAAACAAGUAAAAUUGUGCCCAUUUUAUGGUUUCCAUGCUUUUGUAAUCCUAAAAAUAUUAAUGUCUAGUUGUUCUAUAUUAUAACCCCAUUUGCGCUCUAUGCAAGCCCUUGGAACAGAACAUACCCAUCUUCAUGUAGGACCUAUGAAAAUUGUCUAUUUUUAUCUAUAUAUUUAAAGUUUUCUAAAAAUGAUAAAAGGUUAUUACGAAUUUUGUUGUACAAAAUCUGUACAAAAAUCUGUUUUUACAUCAUAAUACAAAAAUUGGAAAUUUUUCUAUGGUAGCCUAGUUCUUUGAGCCUGGUUUCAAUGUGAGAACCACGUUUACUGUUAUUGUAUUUAAUUUUCUUUUUCUUUUCAACAAUCUCUAAUAAAACUGUCUGAAAUCUC